UGUCGAGCGCUUCCUAAGAAAUAAGCGCGCUUAGAGACGCACAAACAGUUGAAGGUCCUGUGUGAGAUUGAUAGUUGAUACAAACCAGGUUCUCGAUUUUAUUAACAACACUCAUAUCCCAGUACAAUUUGCAAUUUUAGAAGUGUAUGAUCAUUAGUCAUCAGAGAGCUUUUAGUGUACGGUAUAGCACUUGAGAGAUAAAUACCGCGUUUGAUAAGCAGAAAUUGUGUAAAACUGUUUUCAAUUAGGACCAGAGUAGUUUAAAAGUGCUAAACAAAUCUUGAUAGAUGAGGUAAUCAUCGCAAGAGUUGAAAAAUUGUGUAGAGAUAGUUUAACAUUUAAAUUAGUAGAAAAAAUUUAAAGGUGGUUAGACUUCGAAACUAUUGGAGAAAACCUGUGAAAAUGUUUGUGGUUUCUGUGUCUAGAUUGCUAUUUUGUGUCAGUUCAGUAAGCAUUUUGCUAGAAACUUGUAAUUUGGUAACUGAAGGAAGUUUCAGAACCAAUAUGGGCAACAAUGCAACUUUUAGUGAUGUGAUGUUGAUGGUUCAGGCUACCUACAAGGAUGGAAGAAGGUUCGACGGAAAUAAUGUGUACGUUUUUGUGAACACAGAACAGAAUUGCUGGACGUUGAGUAAUAGAGGGGUUUGGAAACGUAGUCUGAAAUGCAUCGAGCAGGAUGUACCUGGUCAUAGGGACAUUGAAUUGUACAACAAGAGACUCUACACCGACUCCAUCAUUCCAUACAGGGGCUACAGAUACAAUGGGUAUCAUUGAAGGUGCCGAUACUCACAGAGUGACUGCAUCCUGUAACAAAUAUGAAAUGCUGAUUCCUUCAUUGAAAAACAUCAAUCACAAUCCGAUUUGAAUCUCAUGUGAAUCCACAGGAUUAUAUAUUAUUUAAUUGAUUGAAAUAUUCACUAAGUUGCUUAGUUAAAUUAUUUGAUGAUUAUACAUACCUUAUUGCAUUAUAAAAGACUAUAAUAUUCUGCUUUUGACGGCUUAAAUUAUAUAGGUGGCUUACUGAAGCGAGUUGGAACUCCCAUUGGGGAAUCCCCACCAAUGAAAGGCAUACGAAUAUUAUUAUUAUAGUGCUUUUAACGUUCUACUAGUGUUCUGAAUACAAAUUAAAUGUUAUAAUUUGAAUACACUA